AUGGGUUCCGUGAAUCAAGACCUCCCGUGGGAGGAGAGAGUAGCUACGAAGCGACAGGUCUGCGCAGAUAAGAUCCCAGCAGCAUGGAAACUUCCGGAUAACUACCUGGAUAACUUCCAGCUCCCAUUGUCGGAGAAGAACAACAAUCUUAUCAAAUCCCAAGCCGUUCGAAAGUCAGGAAUAUUGACUGAACAAGAACUGCGGAUUACAGAAGAUUACACUAUCUCUGAGCUUCUCUCUGCCUUGGCAGACGGUACUUUGACAUCAGUUGAAGUAACGCUUGCUUAUUCCAAGCGCGCGGCUGUCGCUCAACAGCUGGUAAAUUGUCUCACGGAGACCAUGUUUGAAGAAGCCAAGGAGCGAGCGCAAUAUCUAGACAAUCUUCGGGCGCAAGGCCAAUUGGCCGGGCCACUCCAUGGCCUUCCAGUCAGCAUCAAGGAUAAUUUCCACAGGAAGGGGACCGAGGCGACGAUCGGGAUGGUAUCCUUCCUAGGUGAGGUUUCGACAGAAAACUCACCUUUGGUUGAUAUCCUCCUUAAACUGGGAGCCGUCAUCUAUGUCAAAACCAAUGUUCCCCAGACAAUGAUGACGGCUGACUCUGAUAACAAUGUCUUUGGAAGGACUCUGAACCCCUGGAAUACCUCACUAGGGCCAGGCGGUUCCAGUGGAGGCGAGGGUGCUCUAAUCGCUCUCCGAGGAUCACCACUUGGCGUGGGGACUGAUAUUGGCGGCUCGGUCCGAAUUCCAGCCUUAUGCUGCGGCACAUAUGGGUUCCGGCCCAGUGCCGCAAGAAUACCAAAUGGAGGAAUGCGGGUGUGCACAACGAGUGGGAUGAAGUUUCUUUUAUCUUGUGCAGGCCCACUUUCCUUGGAUCUGGAUGGUAUUGAGACAUUCUUCAAGUCCAUUUUCAACGCCCAGCCAGCCCUUUACGACUCCACCGUUCUCGACAUUCCGUGGCGGCAGGUAUCCGCAAAGCCAAUUUUGAGAAUCGGCAUCGUUCCCGAGAGCCCGACAUUCCCUCUGCACCCACCUGUCAGGAGAAUUUUAGCCGAGGCGGCCCGCGUACUUGAGGCUCACGGUCACAAGCUAAUUCCCCUUGACAUUGAGGAAUGCCAAAUUGUGCGGGUGAAUGAGAUUUCCUGGAAUAUCUUCAGUCUCGAUCAAGCUGCCUUGGGGCACAUCAAGUCGGCUGGAGAGCCCCCGAUUCCGUCUCUAGUUCACGUUGGCAAGGUUAUUGAAAAAUUAAAGGGCUCGGUCAAGUCGACUUUGCCCGACUUGAGUGAACUGGACCGAAUGGGAAAGCUGGCUUAUCUCAAUACGUGCCGAGCGGAGCUGCGCGAGACAUACCGGAAAAUGUGGGUACGACAUGAUCUGGAUAUCUGUAUUGCACCUCCAGCUCAGAACACGGCAGUGGCACAUGACAUGUUUGCCAUUGCGCCAUAUACCACUCUUUUGAAUUGUCUGGAUUAUCCAUCGUGUGUCAUUCCAUUUGGAAAAGUAGGCGAGCCGGAUGCCCAAGCAACUUUCGAGCUUAAGGAGGAUCAGACUGCGCCUCCAUAUAAUUUUGAGCAACUCGAAGGCGCGCCAUGUUCCAUUCAAGUAUUCACAACCACCCUGCGUGAUGAAGAAUGCUUGCAAAUGACCAAGCAGAUUGACCAAUGCCUAAAAGGCACAGUCUAG